AGUAGCGCCGAUCGUGUUUUCGUUGCGUCUCCGCCUCUGCGCUCCUCACUUGCUGCCGACCGCAGACGAGCGCACACAGGCCGCCGUGAACUCUCCCGAGGCCGGAUGGUAAAAUCCAACCUCCAGCGGAUCCUAAACAGUCAUUGCUUUGCCCGUGAGAAGGAAGGAAAUAAACAGUGCGAAACUAGCAACAUCAUGGAGGCGCUGAGUAACAGUAUUAACGACAUGAUGGGAAGUCUGUCGCUGUGCUGUAGUAGUACCACUGGUCCAGGGCCUCUGUGGUGCUCCGAUGCCCCUCACCCACCUCUGAAGAUCCCAGGUGGGCGAGGGAACGGAGCACGGGAUCACACAUCCACAGCAGCACCACCGCAGCAGCAGCUGCAGCUGUACUCAGACAGGAAGUUGACUGUGACCGAAGAGCCCGCUGGGGCCGGUCGCCCGCGGAUACUGCACUUCCAGAGCCGGCCCACCGUUUCCCGGGUGAUCAAAUGGGAGGCGGUGCUUCGAGGGCCCGGCCUGUUCGUGGAGAUUCCCUGCGAAUCGUUUCCAGAGGGCAGCAAAGAGAGCUUCAUCUCUCUGCUGGAGUUUGCUGAAGAACAUCUGAAAGUGGUCAGCGUGUUCGUCUGCUUUUAUAAGAACAGGGACGAUCGUGUAAAACUGGUGCGUACGUUCAGCUUUCUGGGCUUUGAGAUGGUGAAACCGGGCCACGCUCUGGUCCCCGCUCGACCUGACGUUCUCUUCAUGGCCUACAACUUUGACAGGGAUUCCUCGGACGAAGAUUAGUCUCCUCUCAUUCCUUCACGGGACGCGCUCCGUCUGCAGCCUCUAAACCGCUCGGAGCCGUUUACGGGCUUCAGACGGACCCGCCGAAUCGUUAACGUGCUGUUCGACUCCGUUUCUCUCGUUCAUCAAGUGAAUCGGUUCGCUUUUAAUGCUUGUGUUUUUUUUUUUUUUGUUUUUUUUUUUUUAUACGAUGUUUGAUUUUUCUGGAAUGUACAAAAGGUCACUUCUACGUUUGUGUACGUUUGAUUGGAUGUUUAUUCCUGCUCUUCAAUGUCGAAGCCUGUGAUUGUAGGCUUUCUGAGGCGUUCGCCAAUUUGCUUUUCUGUUCAACAUUUAUGGUCAGUUUUUACCUCAGAAUGCCGUUUGUAGUUCGUCAGACACGUUUGGAGUGAAUCGGGAUGAAUCGGUAACGUGUAAUCGAUUGAUUGUUUGAUUGAUUUUAUUUCUCUGAAUACGACGUUCUCGCAGCGACUCGACUGGUACAAACCCCGAUGGGAAACUAAAUCGACGCAUCCAAAGCUCUUUUACCUCUGGCUGUCAUGUCUUGGUUUUGUAUAUGAGAAGCGCGUUUAGGCUUUCGUUGUGUGUCGGCUGUGCUGUUACUCGCGUUCCCUCUCCAUAGUUUAUUUUUCACCUUGUUUGGAGCCUCUUUCUCCUCUAUAGUGGUACAUAUACAGCUUCUGUGAUAAUAAAAACAUUAUUUAAAGACA